AUGGACUACGAUACUACGCACGUGGGCCGAGUCACUGAUGCCAUUCAAGUCGUCUUUCUGGACCACCACGUGAUGAUCAUGAGCGGCUUCACUGAGAAUACCAAGAAUUAUGGAAAUAUUGUGGGCUUGGAUGAGUACUCAGAUACCUUCGGAUGGAUGGGUAGCAACGAGAUAUAUCCUCCUGGGGAGGGCCUCCUUAUACUGGAAAUCCAGGCAGGGAUUUUGAAGUUUCUCUACCAAUGCUGUACCCAAAUCUUGCACGAUAUUUCUGAAUCAGAUCUGAUGAGCGACUCCCUCCCGCUGUCGCCAGAGCCGCCCCUUUACCCCGAAAGUGAGACGAGCGGGUUCGAGUCCUUGAGCGUGAUGGCUUCAGAAGCACCUUACCGCGUCCCAGCACAACUCAAUCUUAUUCUUGUUGAGUCACUUCUCAGUGCAAGGGCCUCUGCUGCGGAAGACCAUCUAUGGGAUUUACGCGAGGAUCCUGACUAUUUUUCCAGAACGCUUCUUGAGGCCAAGGACCAUUACCAGGAGGCUUUGAAGGACAGUAAUAGCAGCUUGCACCCCUCUUUGAGCCGUGAUCUAUCAGAAAGCCUAUGGGCACAAGUCAUUUCCUAUGCCUUAUCAAAGGCAUACAUUGAGCUGGAGUUGUUCACUGAGCUCAGCAGGCAAGCUAGGAACUUGGUAUUGCUGCAACGGCAGUAUGCUAGCGAUGUGGAUCCCUCAAAGGAUCUACCGGAUGAGUACAAAGAGGCACUUCUCAGAUUUCGUUAUUACCUUGGUCGUGGGGCGGAAGCGCCAUUGUCCAGUCUUAAAUCUGCAAUUGUGGCCUCGCCCCCUUUACGGAGAUACUUUUCUCGUCAACCAUCACCCGACUCUAACUUGACAGAUACCUAUCGCGCUUCUCGGAAACUACUCAUGAAGGAUAAAAGUGCGCAGCAACUCUUACAGCUCCUUUACGUACUUUGUGAAGACAGCAAUGCUCUCAGGGUCAUCGGAAUGUCCCACGUGACGGACUCAAUUGAACGACUGCUUCAAUCGGACAAGAAGGCGCAGCAACUGCUCUCUUCAUAUCUCACGACAGUCUUUGGUGACAUCUCUAUCAUUUCUCAGUGUUUAAAACAAUUGAACUCAUAUUACCCAUGGGCCCGAGGCUUUGAUGUUGAGACUCUUGAGCAUGAGAAUGAAUUUGAAAAGGAUUAUGCAGAGAGAACAAAGUCAUGGGACCUUAUCAUUGCCACAAUUCACAAUCAAAGUGUCUCGGGCCAAGCUGCGAGUCUCGGUGAACCUUCAGGUGACAAGUUCUUCUAUCCCGUUGAAAAGCGCCGUACCAAAAAGAUUGCGGAUGCACUCCGGCGCGCAGAGCACAAUUUGGAUGAUUUUUGGGCUUAUCUUGAUAACAAAAUGUCAAACAAAGCCGACUAUUUAAGUGACACGGCUUCACGAAGCCUCCUCUCCCAGUCACGGAACUUACUCCGUACUCCAGAGUGGAUUGAAGAAGAAGACUCUUCGACUGGGAGAGGAGGCUUGGCACAACACGAAUCGACCGGUUCGAUACCAGGCCCAGAAGCUCUGUACCAUCAUUCUUCUGUGGUGAAUUCAUUCGAGCCAGCCCCACGAAAACAAAAGAUCAAGACAAGAGGGCAACCAAAUCCAUAUGUUCCUAUCCCGGAAAUGGAAACCUCUAUUCAAGCCAAUGAUCCAGAUUCUCAGCCCACCUUCUUUCUUGAUCCACGAGCUCUCAAGGUCUUCCAGACUCUGUUUUUUAGCCCUGGUAUGAAAUCUCCGCCGGGCGAAGUCUCCUGGUGUGACUUUGUGUAUGCUAUGACCUCGGUGGGCUUUACAGCUAUAAAGCUGUACGGUUCGGUCUGGCAGUUUCAGCAAAGUAAGCUGGAAGUUCACCAGAAAAUCAACUUCCACGAACCUCACCCAGAGAGCAAGUUGACCUACAGAAAUGCCCGUUUGUGCGGCCGCAGGCUGAAAAGAGCGUUUGGUUGGCAUGGAGAAAUGUUUGCUUUGACCCAGAAGUGUGUAAGAAGUGAGUGA